AUGCAAGACCACGUCGAUGUGUACAUCGAAAUCGACGUUGCCAAUUUCACUGAAAUACUUGUUGCCAAGUAUGUCGAACUCCUUAAACGCAAAAGUGCCCCCAAGGAUGUUGACCGAGAGCGUACUUUCCUAUUUGAAUGUCUAAAGGACCGCACGUACUGCCAAACGAACUAUAUCCAAAUGAGCAAGCGCUAUCCAAAGUCACCGUCGCCUUCGUCAGGGCGAGCACCACGCUCUCUUUCGCCACCUAAAGGGUCUCCAGUGCAUGGCGAGGGCAAGAUCUCUUUGCGGGUUGACCAACCGGUGGAGGGAUGCACGAUGAUGACACACGCUUUCUUUCGCUCUGGAGAAGGAGAUAUUGAUGACAAGGACGUGGAUUUAGAGUUUCACUGGUACAAAUCCUCCAUGAGGCGGGCGUGUGCCAAUAAAGAGUGCACGCGCCACACCAGUGACGGCGCUGGUAAUGUACUGCUGCUUGUUGCCAAGAUUGAGUGUGUCCAGUGCUGUAGACUAGGUAUUACACGAGAGUACUCGAGUUUCUGUAGUUCAGAUUGCUUUCGUUUGGCCUGGCAAGAUCACAAGGAAUUGCACAACACGCUGGUGUUGGUCAAACAGGAAAAAGAUGUCUGUCCUUGGAAAUCGCAAUUGCAUCAUCUAGAGACGUUUUGCCCGCUACCAAAGGAAUCGUGGCUCAAGGUGCAAGAAGAAAAUCGAGCGUAUACGCCUAACGCUGAGGACGUAGGCCACGUGAUUCGAGUUGAGUGUAAGGCCAUCAAGCGAAUUGACGGUGGCGUGCUGACUAAGACUGUCGAGACUGGGCUCGUGCUGCCGUUUCCACCCAUGCCUCCAAGGCGACAGAUGCUAGCAAACGUGAAUGAAGAGCGGCUGACACCAAGGCUACGGCAGAUAGGCAUUUUCCGCGUACUUACUUACAAUGUCCUUGCCGAGAUAUACGCGACGCGACAGAUGUACCCGUACUGUCCAAUUUGGGCUCUCAGCUGGUCAUUUCGACGGGAAUUACUCAAGCGCGAGUUGCAGUUGUACAAUGCCGACAUCCUUUGUCUCCAGGAGGUACAAGGUGACCACUAUAAAAGCUUUUUUGCCCCGAUGAUGGAGAAUUGGGGAUACGAAGGCUGGUAUUUGAAGAAGACACGGGAAUCAAUGGGCCUAGAAGGCAAGGUGGAUGGCUGCGCAUUGUUCUACAAGCGAAAUCGAUUUAUUCUUAAAGAGCGAUAUCCGGUCGACUUUAAUGACCUUGCAAAUAACUUUCUGAAGCAAGUGCAGACAGAAUACGAUUUAGAGUAUCAAGGUCCCUCCAUGGCUGCGCGUGAAAGAUUCUUGUCAACGCUCACUAAAAUGCGGCUUCGACUACAGCGCGAUAACAUUGCGCAGAUUGCUGUGUUAGAGGUUGUCCCCGCGAGCAAUGAAGUUGUUUCUAGGAAAUCGCAGUCGGGGCCAUUAAUCUGUAUCGCAAACGUACAUAUUUUCUCCAAUCCAAAGUUUCCGGACGUGAAGUUGUGGCAGACAAAUAUGCUUGCGAAGCAGCUUGAGCGGGUGACCUUGAGUCGCAACUUGCCCACAAUCUUAUGUGGUGAUUUCAAUAGUGAACCGACUAGUGCUGUGUACGAAUUUAUGACGCGCAAUCAUGUUCCAGUUGACCAUCCAGAUAUACAAUAUCCACCGCCUCAGCUCGCAAGCAUAUAUGCGUCAUUGGACUUAGAGCAUAAUAUAGGCUUUGCUAGUGCCUAUGCUUCAGUUUUUGGCGCUGAACCUGAGUAUACAAAUUACACAGGUCACUGGACAGGUGUCGUAGACUAUGUAUGGUACACACCUGAGACGUUGACCCCGUUUGCCGGGCUCAAGGUGUACGCGGUAGACCGCGUUUACGGUGACUUGCAGCCGCAGUUUGUGGUCAAAGACGUGCUGAAAGCGCUUUCACAGCUGGACGCAGUAGUAGGAGAUGUAUUUAAUCGCCUGUUACAUAAAGUUUCACAAGAGAAAGAGCGUGUGACCGCCGUGGAUAAGCGCAUUCAAGUGUGUCAGGCCAAAGUGAACGCGCUCACAGCGCGUCGUACGAGUAACAAACCUACGACUGUCUUUUCUACUUCGAGAUAUCCUGCGCCUAAGCAUCUUCCAUUACCCACGACGUUGUUUCAUGAUAAGCCGUUUGCUGACGCGCCACAGCUGAUACCCGAUGCUGACGAUGACACGCACUUCCUGCCGGCUGAGCCACUUCCUCCAGCUCGCAGGGGACAACAUAUGGCCGAAGUAAUGGAGCUAUUCGAAAAGGUGAACGAGUAUCAGAAGACACAGCAGCCCGAAGCGGAUAUGGAGAAGGAAGGACUGGGCAGAUUACCCGAAUACAUUCCAUCCGUUGGCAGUGUGUUGCUAUUCAACUCUGGAGAAAAUCCUUACCAGAAGUACACGUCAUGGGAUAACCUUCUGGGUAUCGAUUACGAAGAGGAAGAAGAGAAACGAAAGGAAUUAGCUAAGGCACCGCGAACAAUCGAAUACGGAGAUAAACUGCCGGCUGUGCAUGGACUUAAUUACGACUUUCAUCCGUCAAUGGGUAUCAUGCCCGAUAUGUCAGCCAAGCUACCGAUGAAUUUGCCGCUCGAAAACAUUGCCGAUUACAAGUACGCGCAAGAAAGCAGUACGUCGAUUGCACCAUCUAUGUUUCAGGAUAAAACGUUGCCAGACUUGCCGGCGAUCGCCAACUUCGAGGAGGGACCAAUGGCGCAGGAGCCAGCAGAUAUAAACUUCCAGAUUGGUCCUGUGGAUGGCGCUCCUCCACCACCUCCACCGGCACCGACUGUAGACUUCACUAAGAUUAAUGAUGAUACUCCACCCCCGCCACCACCUCCCCCUCCAAGAGAUGAGGAUGAUGACUCAGCUCCACCUCCGCCCCCGCCGCCAAUGGCAGAUAUCGAAGAUGAUAAUACUCCGCCACCUCCCCCUCCGCAAGAGGACGAACCUCCAGCGCCACCUCUCGAAAAUCAGAAGCCGACUGCAAUCAGCUUUCUGGACCAGAUCCGUAAUCCCAACAUAAAGCUCCGAAAAGUGAGCUCAACUGAAGAUAGAUCGAAUUCGAUUGCAAAGACAGGAGAUAGCACCAACAAACCAUUGACAAUCGCUGAAGAAAUGCAGCAGCGCAUGUUGCGGCGACAAGCUGCUAUCAGUGGCAAGCAAGAUCAGAUGGAGCAAAGGCGCGAGCGCGAAAAGGCAGCUGCAAAGCCUAUGACUGUGCUUACCGCGAAGGAAGUGACUCCACCAAUCCAGCCUCCACCACCUCCUCCUCCCUCCGACAAUGGACAGUACAAUAAAUUGCCUACAAUAGCCAUGUCGGACGAUGGCAGUAAUGACGGCCGUGACCACCUUUCAGAUGACAACAAAUCGAAUGAAGGUGACGACUUUCUAGCCCAAAUCCGAAGUAUCAAGAGAAAGCAGGAAGGAGGCUCCGUUAUGCCGAAACAACCACAACCACCUAAUGUGAUAGAAACCAAGAACCCCAUCGCUAAUUUUGAAUCGCAAAUGGUCGGACUCCGUAACCGCGAAAAUUCUUUCAGCAUGUCUGAAGCAUCGGAAUGGUCGGAUGAAUAG